UGGCUGGCUGCAGUCACGUGACCAUUCCGUCAUUCCCUAGCAGCUUCCCUAAAUGACCCUACACCAUGCCGGAAAGACUUUCCGCAUACGUGCCGGCUAUGUCAGCUACGCUAGGCCAGCCUCCUGGUGUGUCCAGUGUAGCGAAAGCCUCGUUCAGCGUGGGAGACGAGUUCGCAAGCUUUGCUGCAUUAGAAGAGAAGGUCUCGUUGUAUAGUUCGACCAAUUAUGUACAGCUUAUAGGGAGAGACGCGCGGACGAUUGAAGAGGCCAAGAAGCGUGUCGGCAAGAUCGCGGCAAGCAUGUCUGAUGCGCUGAAAUACCAGUCCAUCAGGUAGUGCUGCAUCCAGGGCAGCAAGAAGUUUACUUCGAAGGCGACCGAAUGACAUGGCUCGACCUUCAAGAAGGAUUCCCCUUUCAACAUUUACUUAGCCGCCAGCAAGGAUGGAACUCAUUUGCAAGUCGGGAGCCUUUUCCUUGAACAUAACCAUGAUGUAUCGGAAGCACUCUACCGACACUUGCCCCAAAAGCACAAACUGCCGCCUGACCUUGAAGAGAAGGCAAGAGCGAUGCUUCAGGUGAAGGCUAACAAGAAGCUUGUCAGAGAACAAUUUGAGAAGGAAAGUAAAAAAGUGGUAACACUAAAGGACCUGAGCAACAUAGCUGCUAAAGGCAAGCACCAAGCUUCGCGCAAUGACAUAGAAGCAACAGUCAACAUGCUUCGAAAUGAGUAUAAUGCCACCGUCCGUUUGCUGGUGGAUGAGAAAAGUGAGCUGAGGGCUUUGUUCUUUCAGGAUGAUGACAUGAAGAAAUCUUUUGAUGCCUAUCCAGAGAUUAUAUUCAUUGAUGCAACAUAUAAGCUUUUGGAAACACGGAUGGCCUGCUUUCUCAUGAUAAUUGAGGAUGGAAAUGGGGAAAGUGAGAUUGUUGCAGUUGGCCUGUUUGCUACAGAAGACAGUGAGACCCUUCAAUGGAUUUUGAAGCAUUUAAAGAAAUUAACACAAAGUGGUCAUCAAUCAGAGUAACGAUGGCUGAUAAGGACUUGAAAGAACGGCAGGUCGUGACACAGACAUACCCUGCAAACUUUUCGCAGGGAAAUCGGCACACAAAAGCUGAAAAUAUCAAGGCCUGUCCAGGAGACUGCACUGGACAUUCUCCAGCGAACGGUUUAUGCACAGAGUGAGGAGGAGUACAACAAGUUGUAUGCGACGCUGAAGUUGUCUUCACCGGCACCUGUUUUAGAAUAUUUUAAUUCUAACUGGCAUGGAAUUCACGAAGAGUGGAUAAUGGGCUUUAAAUGGUCUUGUGGGAACCUCCUGAAUUCCACAAACAAUCGCUGUGAGACGAUAAAUGCAAGACUAAAAGGCAUCAUUGACCGUUACAGCUCACUUGAAGAUUUCAUUAAAAAAUUUUUUUCGUUUGUGUACUCCAUGAGAAGAGAAGCAACUCAUAAAGCAGCUACUAUAAUCCAGAAGAGGCGUGUGAUCUGCAAAAGUGAUUUAGUUCAUGUUUCCUACAGCAACCUUUUAACACCCUAUGCGUUUAAGCAUAUCGAGCAUCAACUUGACCUCUCAAGCAAAGUCACAGGGGAAUCUGAUGAUGGCAGAGUGGCACAGGUUGUUUGCAACAACAAGUCAAACUCAACAUCUGCUACAGAAUGUACCUGUGAAUUCAGCAAAGCAAUGUUUUUACCAUGCUGCCACAUCUUUGCUGUGAGGCGCCACUUCGGACUUAAUGAGUAUGAUGAUGCCCUUUGCAGCCAAAGGUGGGCUGCAAGUUUGUACGCUCAAAGUGCAACAAUAUUGCUGAAUGAUGAUGGUGCUAAAGAAUCCGAAGCACUGCACAUAGAGCAGCAGAAAAACCACAGGAUCCUUUCAAGCCACCAGAAAUUUAGGAAAGCUCCUUCAGUCACCGCAAAGCUUGCAAGCAUUGUGUCUGAAGGCUCCAUGGGUGAGUUUUCAAGAAAGAUGGAGCUUUUGGAAGAUCUUCUCUGCCACUGGAAGAAUGGCAUUGAUGUUAAAUUAGAAAAGAGCGAGGAAUCUUCAGAAGGUGCAAACACGAAAUGUGCCAGAGGGAGCUCCACAGAUGAGUGUUCUGUCAAUCUGUUGGAAAACAACGAUGAGGCUGCUUCAGACGAAGAUGCAGAUGACACAAGUCCUGAUGUUACCACCAGUCCUGCCAAAAUUGGUACAGCCGUCAGAAUGCAAGUGGCAGAUUUGCAGGAUGAACUUACAGAUGUCCACCGGAAGGGCUCUGGUCAGCCUCUCCUUGCUGAAGGCACCAUGGAGGAGGAUGGUGAGACUACUAGAAGUCAACAAGACAUACUUUUGCAAAGAAAUGAUGGAGCUCUUGCCACUAAGCUCCACGGUACUAACCAGACAUUGUCUACUAGCGUCCCACGCGAAAUUAAAGUGCCACCAGCUAUGAAGAAGUGUGGGCGGCCAAAGGGCCAUACACUGACAGUAAUCGGCCUUCCAAAAAGAAAAGCCACCUCAGAGCGAGUGCCUUUCAAACAGCUGUCAAUGAGGGAAAAGAAAAAAAUUAUCUUGAGCUGGCUUGUAGGAGAAGAGAAAGCAAAAGCUGCAAUGCAAGGCAAGCAGCUUGAAGAAAGUGACGUUGAACAACGGCCUGAAUUGAUUCACUGCGGUGUUAUGGACGAGAACGUUGACAUCAACUGUGUACAAAGUAUUUUUUCUAAGGAUGCAUGGGCAGCUGUAGCAAGUCUACUAACAUGCAUGAAAACCCUGCAGAAAUGGGAAUGUGGGAUGUACAAUGAUGAUUUAGACAACUUUGACUCUAUCAUGUGCGACUGGUGCCUUUCGUGGUAUCAUUUGCCCUGUGUGCACUUGAGGAAGCAGCCAAAAGCAAAAGUCUGGCAAUGUUCCAAUUGCGAAUGAGUUAUUGUCUUAAAGUUUUUGUACCAUUUUUGUAUCUUUAUUGUGUAAGUUCUGAAUAAAAUGUACCAUAUCCAGGGUUGAACGAGCUGCCGUGAAAAACUGCAACUGUGGGAAUGUGCAAUAAACCAUGCAGUGUGCAAUGGAAGAGCAACUAGUAAAUUCAAAAUGAGAAACAGUGGUCAGUUAGAAUGAAGGAGUGGAUACCAAGUGCUCCUAGAAAAGAAGCCGCCGAUUGCAGCAGGUUAGAUGGAGCAAUGAAAUUAAGAAGUUCACAUAUGAAUAAAAUGGAACUAGCUCACACAAGGUGGGGCUAAUUAAGAUCAUUGGGAUAAGCCUUCAUUCUGCAGUGGACAUAAAAAUUGGCUGAGAAUGGUGGUGAAGAAUGAUUCAGGACAUUACAUAUACAGGGUGUUUCAAGAAAUGUGCCUGUCACGAUUAUCUUGG